AUGAAACUGUUCCCCUUUUUCAUCUCAGCCCUGUGCCUCGGCACCGCUGUCUUCGGUGCGCCAGCGAAGCUAAAUCGACGCAACAGCGUAAGCAGAACUACACCACCAUCAGGAUGUCUCUCUGUGGGCUCGAGUGGAACAUACUCGACCAUAUCUGCCGCACUGACCGCAUUGGGCUCAUCGACCUCUUCAGCCUGCAUCUUUAUCUAUAGUGGCACUUAUGCUGAACAAAUCAAAAUCGACUAUGCUGGGUCCCUCAUCAUCUAUGGUGAAACGACCGAUUCUGGAACGUACAAGGAUAACACUGUGACCAUCACAAACACGAUAUCUUCAGAAGAUGCUGGGUCUUUGGACCUGAGUGCCACGGUGAACAUCGUCUCCGAUAGCGUUAGUAUGUAUAACAUCAAUGUUGUGAAUGGGUAUGGCAAGGGAGCACAAGCUGUCGCUCUCGUUGCAAAUGCAGAUGAGCUGGGCUUUUACGGGUGUCAAUUCUCCGGAUAUCAGGAUACCCUCUACGCGAAGGCCGGGACACAAUAUUAUUCCAACUGCAUGAUUGAAGGAGCCGUAGACUACAUAUUUGGCGACGCCUCAGCCUGGUUCGGCGAAUGCGACAUCGUUUCCAACGGCCCCGGCGCCAUAACCGCCAGCUCGCGCGAAGAAUCCACCGAUACCUCCUGGUACGCGAUUGAUUCUUGUAAUAUCAGGGCUGCGUCGGGUCUUGAUCUCGACGGUGAAGUGUACCUCGGUCGGCCGUGGCGCGUUCUUGCGCGUGUUAUCUACCAGAAUUCAGACUUGGGUUCUUUGAUCAAUGCGGCUGGUUGGGCGACUAUGGCUGAUGACGCGACUCCGCUUUAUUAUGAGUAUGAUAAUACUGGAGAUGGGUCGGAUACUUCUGAUCGGUUGUAUGAGACGUCUAUUACUGCUGGUGUUACGAAGACGACGGUUCUUGGGAGUGGCUAUGGAAACUGGAUUGAUGAGACUUACUGA